GUUUAUUCUAAUAAAUAAUGAAAAUAUUGCUGCUUUUGAUAUUAUUAGACAUAUUUGAGCUAACAUCAUUGCCAGCCUAGGAUGCUAAUGCAAAAUUUAGCUAAAAUGAUUUACACAUUUUAGAGGAAAGAUCAAUAAUAAGAGGGUACUACAAAGAUGUAGCAUCAGCAUCUAAUGGGGCAGUGAUAUAAUCAGCUAGAGCUAAUAUUUUUGCUAGACCUAGUAUUGACAAUAGUCCCCUUAGAAAUUCACUUUAUUUUUCUGACGCUUUUGCACCUGGGCAUGUUUACACUGCAUUACAUUAAUCAUUAGUUGUAGAAUUUAUUCAAGCAUAUGAAAUUAACAAAAUUAGAUUUUGGAUGUUGGAUGUUGACGCUAGAGUAACAAGUAUGCAAAUCUAUAUCGUGGGUUCAGACAGAUUAACUGAAACCAUGAUACUUGACGAUUUUGUAUAACCAGGAGUACAUACUUUAUAAUUUCCUGAUUAAUUAGUUUCAAAAGUAAGGUUCUACAAUUAUGGUGGUAAUACUAUUAAUAGUUUCUUGUCAUUAAUAAAAAUUUAAGCCUAUUAUGCAUUUUGA